AUGUCCACCUCAACGAGCUCCCAAGACUUCCCACCCCCCGAAAUCCGCGAAAUCCUCACCCAAAUCACCACCCUCCUCAAAGACCGCAACGAAACAGUCAGCAUAGCCGAAACGGCCGCCGGCGGCCUCAUCUCCUCCUCCCUCCUCUCCCAACCCGGCGCAAGUGGGAUCUACAAAGGCGGGUUGACCCUCUACACCCUUCCCUCCCGCAUAGCCUACGCAGGAUGGUCUCAAGAGACUAUAGCCGCCUACAAAGGUCCGACGACGGACAUUGUCAGUGGACUGGCGAAACACGUGCGGAAGGAUCUGGAGAGUACGUAUACGAUUGCCGAGUCCGGGACGGCGGGGCCGACGGGGGGUUCAACGCCGAAUCGGAAACCGGGGUAUGUUGCUCUGGCGGUGGAUUGUGACAAGGGGACUUUUGUGAAGGAGUUGAAUACGGGGUUGGGGACGGAUCGGGUGGGGAAUAUGAAGAGGUUUGCUGUGGAGGCGUUGACGUUGUUGAAGGAGGUUAUUAAGGAUGAGGCGAAAUUGAGGCAUGAUACAUAA